AUGAUAGUAUCGACCCAACCAUCUUACCACCCUCGUGAGUGGAGCAAGGUUAUCGAUUACCACAAUGAUUACUCUGAUGCACUGCAGCAUGGCACCCUCGAUUCGAGAACACAAGAGUUCAAGACUCGUUGCGAGAAGCUUGCCAUCCAUUAUCAACAUCCUUAUAUCGACCCUGUCGUUCAAAUACCCAUAGAGAUGAUGCAUGUGGAAACACUGGGCAAUAUGAAGCGUGAGCUCAUCAUGGUGUUUGGUGGACUAGACACGCAACAGUGGGUGAAAGUACAUCGGAGGUAUAGCUUGCUCAAAGGAUCACUACGUUUGGCCUAUCUUGAAAGUUUCGUCGCCAGAGAGAUCACUCAAUUGUCCAUGUGUAGUCUCUAUCUCCUCCGUGAUCUUAUAUCUGAAGAACAAUACAACUGUUUAAAGACACACACAAGAUACUACUUCACUACAAAUUAUCCGCUUAAGUUUGUCAUUAAGUUUUGA